CGCAGCCGCGCGGCCGGGGGUUUAUAUAGGGAGCGGCUGAGUGAUGAUUGGCUCCCUGCGCCGUGCGCCGCGCUGCUCAGAAGGGCUCCUCCGCUGCGCGGUGUGGCUGUGUUUCUUUCCUCUCAAAAAAGAAGAAAAACACAACCGUACCGUCGCUGCCUCCUUUUUAUAAAUGAUAAGAGAGGUGAGGAGACUUAUACAAUAUCAAUGAUCUGAGAGACCCCACAGGCACAGGACUAGUCGCAGAAACCAGCGAUUCCGGCCUCUACAAGGAAAGGGGAGGCAGAUGCGGCCCCCACGCCCGCCGCCUCCCCUCGCUAAGCCGGGGCCCCGCCGAGGAAGGUGGGAAGGGGCGGAGCGGAGGUCUCGUCCCGCCCCCAGCGUUUCAGUUUCCUAAACGGUCCGCAAGACGGGUAUAUAAAGGGCUGCAGGCCGAGCUCCGGGACUGGACUGUAACGAUCGCCUGCCGUUCGCGAUGUCGGGCCGCGGCAAGGGCGGGAAGGGCCUGGGCAAGGGCGGCGCCAAGCGCCACCGCAAGGUGCUGCGCGACAACAUCCAGGGCAUCACCAAGCCCGCCAUCCGGCGGCUGGCCCGGCGCGGCGGCGUCAAGCGCAUCUCCGGCCUCAUCUACGAGGAGACCCGCGGGGUGCUCAAGGUGUUCCUGGAGAACGUGAUCCGGGACGCCGUCACCUACACGGAGCACGCCAAGCGCAAGACGGUCACGGCCAUGGACGUGGUCUACGCGCUCAAGCGCCAGGGCCGCACCCUCUACGGCUUCGGGGGCUGAGCGUUCCCAUCUUCCCCCCCGGAACACCGCGAGUCUCACCCAAAGGCCCUUCUCAGGGCCACCCACUCGGUCACAGGAAGAGCUGUUGCCGGAGGACGAAAGUAACAUCCGCUACUUUGUCGCUGUUCCUUCCUUCGGACUCUGGCUGGACGGGCGCCCGUUCCCCCGGCGGACCCCGGGGAGGGAAGGCGUGCAGCUUGCAUUCGCCGGCCUUGCCUCCUUCCCGUGUUCUGUCCGCUCUGUCCUGGCCGUCCCACCUAGGACUUCAUGCCUCCCUUCAUUUCCCUGCCAAGCAGCCAGAAGAGGUGGCCUUCAGCCCAUGCUCACCCAGCUAUUGAUGUUCUAAAGGUGCUCUGCUUACCUGAAGACCGGAGUUUGCGUUAC